AUGAAUCGAGAAAGCCUGUACGAGUCUGACGGCGAUGAUUACGACGAUAUCGGUGAAGACCUCGAAGAUUUAAGACGCGCCUGUAUACUCACCGAUGACAAUUCCGCUUCCGUUGGAUCAGAUUCCGGAGAGAUUCCGUCGGAUUCGGAGAAAGAGGACGAAUUAGAGAUGCUUAAGAACAUUAAGAGCCAAUUAGCUUCGUCGACGACUGAUGUGGAUUUGGAUAGUGAAGACGACUUGGAGAUGCUUCGGAGCAUUAAGAGCCAAUUAGCACUACCGAUGGACGAAGAAGACAACGAAGAUGGUGAAUUUGAUGAAACUAUUCGUGCUAUUAGUAGUAGAUUCUCUGCUUAUGAAACUACUUCCAUUGAGUCUCUUGAACAUUUGGAGACAUCGUCUCUCACGCCAUCUGUGAGUUUAAGUUUCCCUGAAUCUGCACAAGCCUUUGUUGAUGCGAUCCGGAAGAACAGGUCAUACCAGAUGUUUCUUCGAAGUAAACUGUCUGAGAUUGAAGCAACGGUGAAGCAGAACGAGAAACACAAGAAGAACGUCAUGAUUGUUAAAGGUUUCCAAGCUUCUUGCUUGAGAAUCACUAGACAGGCACUUUCUCAGAGGAAAGAUCCUCGUUUCGAAUUAAUCUCAUCACGAAAAUAUGGGACUUGUGAGGGUAGUGAUAAAAAGACAUCUCCUUUGACGUUAGGUCCAGAUGAAAAUCCUUGUGUUGCAAGUUAUAGGAUGGCUCUAGAGAGAUAUCCAGUUUCAGUGUGUCGCAAGAAAUGGUCUGCUAAGGAGAACGAGAAUCUUGCAAAAGGUCUAAAACAACAACUUCAAGAAACACUCAUUCUUGAAGCUACUGAACAGUCCAGUGACUUGGAUGGAUCUACAGAUGACAUAAACACCAUUCUUGAAUCGAUAAGAAACCUUGAGAUCACUCCAGAAAUGAUUAGGCAGUUUCUUCCUAAAGUUAACUGGGAUCAGCUGGCCUCUGCGUACAUGAAGAACCGUUCUGCUGCAGAAUGUGAAGCUCGGUGGAUGAGCUCGGAAGAUCCAUUGAUAAACCGUGGUCCAUGGACUGAGAAAGAGGACACAUACAUACGUUCAACUACACGAAACAAUCAUUUUACAGACUGGCUUGACAUUGCGGUAUCACUAGGAACAAAUAGGACCCCGUUUGAAUGUCUGGCUCGGUAUCAGAGAAGCUUGAAUCCAGACAUAUUGAGAAGAGAAUGGACCGCAGAGGAAGAUGACGAACUCCGUGACGCGAUAGGCUUGUUCGGCGAGAAAAACUGGCAACCUGUUGCAAAUUUACUAAAGGGAAGAACUGGAACUCAGUGCUCUAAUAGAUGGAUGAAGUCUAUUCACCCUACCAUAGAGAGGAAAGGGGUAUGGAGCUCAGAGGAAGACAAACGUUUGAAAGUAGCUGUGACACUCUUUGGAGGUAAAAAAUGGUAUAAGAUUGCUGAGUUUGUUCCUGGACGGACGAAAUCUCAGUGCCGAGAGAGAUGGAAAUGUUGUUUAGAUCCAAAUCUGAAAAACGGGAGGUGGACGGAGGAAGAGGAUGUAAAGUUGAGUGAAGCGGUUAAAGAACAUGGACAUGGCAAGUGGUCCAAUGUAGCUUCGGAUCUGCCUUGUCGCACAGGCAAUCAGUGCAGGAGGAGAUGGAAUAGGUUAAAUCCUCAUCUAGCGCCUCUUAUGCAAAAAGCUGCUAGGUUAAAACGAGAAGCUGUUGUUGGUAACUUUGUUGAUAGGGAAUCAGAGCGUCCUGAUCUUACUGUAGAUGAUUUUUUGGCAAUAGCUGAGAUGUCUCUUGAGCAAGAACCCGUGCCGAAGAAGAAACGUAAAGCCAGAGAGAAGAAAGCUGAUGCAGAAUGCGAGAGUGAAGCGAUUUGUGCUGAUGAUACAGAGAGAAAACCAAAGAGGCGAAGAAAAGGAUUAGAGAGAUGCUCAGGAGAUGUGUGUAGACAAGAGAAUGAGACUGAAGACAAUGUGAAGGAGAAGAAACAAAGACUGAAACGAAAAACUGUUGUAGGAACAUCAAAUAACAGCUCUGUGACUACAUACGGCACUCAAGUGAAAAGUGGUGUCAGUAAGCUUAAGCCUAGGAGGAAAGUUUCUGCAGUAGUUCCAGUUGAGAACCAAGAUGCACCAAAUUAG